AUGACUGGCGGACCAGUCAUUGUUGGAAAGCGCACAGAUUGCAGAAAGCUGGUGCAGCAGCACGCCACCAGAAGGCGUUGUGAACAUUACCCUCACAUCUGCACAGCGUGGAAAUGGUGCAGCGACAAUCCCGCGAAGGUGUGGGUGGCGACCGAAGAGGCAGGACGCAGUCGCAAAAAGAUUCUCAGCGUCAGCAAUGUCGAAUUUUGUAUUGAUGCCUUCGCGAUGUUCGUUCUUUCUCUCAUACUCGAACUCGAGUUUGCGUUAGAACAUUUCAACGGCGUGUAA